AUGGCCCGCCGGAACAGCAUACGCGGGAUCACAGACGAGGAGUUUCACAGCCGGUAUAGAUCCAGCUCGCCGCUCGCCCGCACCGCAAUUGCCCGCGACAUUGAAGACUACGCCGACGACGAAGGGUCCAUGCUCACCACUGACGACGAAGCCUCCGAGACCUCCACCAUCCGUGCCAUUCACAGCCAACCCGGCACGAAUCCCCAUUCGCUAGCUGGGUCGUACCAGCGGCCCGGGUUCUUCACGACUGUCUCGCAUGCGACGGUUGUGCCGCAUCGGCCGGAUAGCGAGGGGUUGACGCGGCGGGAACGGGAACGGGCAAUUGAGGAUGAGCGGAAUUUGCUCACUGAUAAUCGUUGCAUCGAGCCGGGUGUGCACAAGGGUGGGCGCAUGAGACGGGGAGAGCCCGUGGAAGCGACGGAGACGGCUGCGUUGUUGGGUGGGCAGCGUCGUGGAUCACAAUAUGAGGCGGUGGAAGAUCAGGAUGAGAUUGAUCGGAAGUGGGAGGAGGCGGUUACCGCUGGGUUGAUUCAGACGACAUGGAAACGGGAAGCUCAAGUCAUUGGGAAGAAUGCUGCGCCCUUGGUGGUUACAUUUCUGUUGCAGUAUUCGUUGACUGUCGCGAGUAUUUUUACGCUCGGGCAUCUGGGUAAGAAGGAGCUUGGGGCUGUUAGUUUGGCUAGUAUGAGUGCGAGUAUUACGGGUUAUGCUGUUUACCAAGGUCUGGCGACGAGUCUGGAUACUCUGUGUGCGCAGGCGUAUGGCUCCGGAAGGAAGAAGCUGGUAGGUCUGCAGAUGCAAAAGAUGGUCUUCUUCCUCUGGGCCAUCUCCAUCCCUAUUAUCGUGCUGUGGUUCUUCGCCGACCGGAUUCUCAUCCGGAUCGUGCCGGAAAAAGAGGUUGCCAUGCUGGCCGGCUUGUACCUGAAGGUGGUUGCGCUGGGUGCUCCGGGGUACGCUUGCUUCGAAAGUGGCAAGCGGUUCGUGCAGGCGCAGGGACUGUUCUCUGCAUCGCUCUAUGUUCUUCUCAUCUGUGCCCCGUUGAAUGCAGUGAUGAACUACGUAUUCGUGUGGCAGUUCGGCUGGGGCUUCAUCGGAGCUCCCAUUGCCGUAGCCAUCACAGACAACCUGAUGCCUCUCUUCCUCUUCCUGUACGUGUACUUCAUUGACGGCUCCGAAUGCUGGAACGGCGUCACCACCCGCGCCCUACGCAAUUGGGGACCCAUGAUCAAGCUCGCCCUUCCCGGGCUCCUCAUGGUUGAAGCCGAGUGUCUUGCCUUCGAAGUCCUGACCCUGGCGUCUUCGUAUCUCGGCACCACCCCGUUAGCCGCCCAGUCCGUCCUGUCCACCAUCUCCAGCAUUACCUUCCAAAUUCCCUUCCCCGUCUCCAUCUCCGGUAGCACCCGCGUCGCCAAUCUCAUCGGCGCGACGCUCGUCGAUGCCGCCAAGCUGUCCGCCAAGGUAUCCAUGGUCGGCGCCGUCAUCGUCGGUCUGCUGAACAUGCUCCUCCUCUCUUCCCUGCGCUACUACAUCCCCUACCUGUUCACCUCGGACGAGGAGGUAAUAGAGCUCGUCGCCCAGGUCCUGCCUCUGUGCGCGGCGUUCCAGUUGUUCGAUGCAUUGGCUGCCAACUGCAAUGGUAUCCUGCGCGGUAUCGGCCGUCAAGAAAUCGGCGGCUACGUCCAGCUGUUCUGCUACUAUGCUAUCGCCAUGCCGAUUAGUUUCGGCACGACGUUCGGUUUGAAUUGGGGGUUGUUUGGAUUGUGGUCUGGCGUUGCGUUGGCCUUGUUGUUGGUCUCGAUCAUUGAGGCGUUCUUCUUGACGCAAACGAAUUGGCAUCGCUCGGUGGAGGAUGCGCUGCGGCGGAACGCGAUGACUUGA